CCAGCGGGUGGUUGUGUUUCUGUGUGUAUGGGUGUGUGCAUGUCCCCUGCAGGGGAGCGGCCCAAGCCAUUCACUCCCGAGGAGGCCAGAGGGUUGGUGCUGAGCCUGCAGCGUCCUGCCGUGUUCUGCAGCAUGGCUGAUGACUGGCCCGCGCUCCGCUGGACGGCCGGACACAUCGCCGCGCUCCUCGGGGACACGCCCAUUCGCUUCAGGUUGGGAAAGAGAGACUUCAGCUCAGAUCCACAGUUUGAGACAUCGUGUGAUUACGUGGAUGCCACGCUGGCGGAUUUUGUGGCCUGGAGUGACGGCGGCGGGCAGACUGACAGUGGGCCGACUAGCGGUGGGCAGACGGUCAGCGGGCCGGGACCGUUUGACUCCUAUGAUGCCCGGGCUUCCUGGGCCUACGCAGACUACAAGUACAUGGCCAGCAUGUUUGCCGGCAACACGCAGGUUCUCCAGGCAGUGGUGUGGUCUGAUUUUGGCUUCCCCGGACGCGGGGGCAAAGAGAGUUCGUUGUGGAUCGGCUCUGCGGGCGCCAACACUCCGUGCCACCAGGACUCCUAUGGCUGCAACCUGGUCCUCCAAGUCCAGGGCAGGAAAAGAUGGCACCUGUUCCCGCCUGAGGACACGGCCUUUCUAUACCCAACCAGAAUCCCGUAUGAGGAGUCCAGUGUAUUCAGCAGGGUAAAUGUGGUCCACCCGGACCUGCGACGCUUCCCCCGCUUUGCUGAGGCUCGAGCCCACGUGGUCAUCCUGGAGCCCGGCCAGGUCCUGCUGGUCCCCAGACAUUGGUGGCACUAUGUAGAGUCCAUCGACCCUGUGACCAUCAGCGUCAACUCCUGGAUUGAGCUGGAUGAGGACCAUCGGGCACGUGUGGAGGAAGCAAUUACACGGCUGGUGGUGUGCGCAGUGAAGGGGGCGGACGAUCCCGACAGCAGCAACGCCUGGUUAAACCCCACCGAGCCGGAGAGGACAUCCCAUGACACAAACUGUCAGUAUCUGAAUGGAGCCGUGGCCUCUUACUUCGAGCACCAGGAAUUCUCAGCACCCCCUGAGCCCAGAGCCGUGGCAUCCCAGGGGCCUCAGGGACCCCAGGGACGAGGGGAGUCAGUGGCAGGGUGGGCCGGGGAGGAGGCUGCGAGGCCAUGGCCAGAGAAGAAGCUGCCCUUUGGCCAGGGCCUGUUCCCAGUGCUGCCGCAAUCCCAUGGGACCCUGGAGGUCGGCAACAGACACAGCGGACAUGAUGGUGACCCCGAGGGUGAGAGCGACGGAGGCCACAGUGGCCACCUGGUUGAGCUAGAGAGGCCGGCCCGGCCCCAGCCCCAGUCCCCUGUUUCCACCAAUGAGCUGCUGGAUUGUCUGCUGGAUCCACGGGUGAUCCGCCUGGUGGCCAGACUGCUGCUGGAGGGGCGGACCCUCCAUCCCCCAGACCUGCCCCCGGCUGAGGGGGAAGAAAAGUGCCUAGCACCGUUGCAAUAAAACUGGACCAUCACG